AUGGCAUCCGAGGGGGCCAAGGUGGGUGCUGCCACUUUUGAGCUCAUGUGGCGCCACGCAUUGGGUGCCUAUAUCUGUCAUCGGCUUACUGUCGAGCACGACUGCAACAGCGGUCAGAUUCGACGACUGGCGAUGGCGGCACAAGCGGGCUACUACGCUGGCGGGCGCAACGACGAGGAUUCGCAUCAGCCAACUUUGCACGUCGCCACCAUGGCCCCGGCUGGUGGACCCGUGCACCGCGGCUCGUUUUCCGAUACCGACAGCUCCAACGGUAGCGCACAUCCACUACACCAUACUACUGAACACGCAGCCGGCCACUUGCCCUUCCCAUCGGGGCCGCAUGGCGACACGUACUCGGAUGCAUCAUCGUCGGCCUACUCGCGACCACCUGCCAGCAGCCAGACCCACACCUCGCAGGACAAGUUCCGGGCAGUGGCCUGGCUCUACGACUACGAUGGCUCUGCUGAGGCGGAUGACUGGCUGCAUGUGCCCGGCGUAGAGCGCAAAAAGAAGAUCUCGGAACGACUGUGCGGAUGCUGCAACAUCAGCUUCCUCGGAUUCCUCAACUUGGCGACGCUCGCGCUCAUCUCGUGCUCGCUCAUGAUGCUCUUUGCCGGCUAUCCCAUCCUGCAAUUCUUCCGCAAGGCCGAUGCGGACCGCAAGGCCAAGACCUUCUUCGGACUGGGCGGCACCAAUGGUACGGGCCAGGUGCCGCUGCUGCCCGGCCUCUUCUCGUUGAUCGAUCAAGAUACCCCCGAGAAGGCGUACAGCUGGAAGCACCCCAUCGAUGGCGGAGGAUUCCACCUAGUAUUCAGCGACGAGUUCAACCAGGACGGACGCACGUUCUGGCCGGGCGACGAUCCGUUCUGGGAAGCGGUGGAUCUGCACUACUGGGUCACGGGUGACUUUGAAUGGUACUCGCCCGAGGCGGUCAACACCUCGAGCGGCUUUUUGAACGUCUGGAUGCAGGAACACGAGACGCACAACCUCAACUUCCGCUCGGGUAUGCUGCAGUCCUGGAAUAAGUUCUGCUUCCAGGGCGGCUACCUCGAGACGUCGGCCGUGCUGCCUGGGUCGCACGAUACCGAGGGCUUCUGGCCCGCCGUCUGGACGCUCGGCAACCUCGGCCGUGCAGGCUACGCAGGUACGACACAGGGAAUGUGGCCGUACAGCUACAACCAUUGCGACGUAGGCACGCUUGCCAACCAGACCAACCCGGAAAAGACCGCACCCCACUCGGCACUGCACACCUACACGCCCUACGACCAAAACGGCCCGGGAAAGAAGAUCAGCUAUCUCGAAGGCCAGCGCACGUCGGCAUGCACGUGUCCCGGCGAAGACCACCCCGGUCCAUCGCACGACAUUGGACGCUCUUCUCCCGAGAUCGACGUCUUCGAAGCGCAGACCUACAUGGGCCACGGCAGUGCAUCCCAGUCAUUCCAGAUCGCACCAUUCGAUGCGAAUUACUCGUGGAGCCAAGCGCCCGAGGUAGCGCAUCUCUACUCGCCCGAUGCCACUUUCAACACCUACACGGGCGGCAUCUACCAGGAAGCCGUCUCAGCCAUCGCACGAGUGCCCGACACGGCGUACGAUCAAUCGGGCGGGAUCCCCGUGCGCUUUGGCAUGCAGUGGGAUCCCGACUGGGACGGCGAUGGUUCCGGCAGCAUCACGUGGUUUGUCGAUGGCAAACCCACUUGGUCCGUCACAGGGCACGCGCUCGGUCCCAAUCCGUACACCGAGAUCGGCCAACGACUCAUCCCGACCGAGCCGGUGUCGAUCAUCAUCAACCUCGCCAUGUCCGACGGCUUCCAGGCGGUCAAGUGGAAUCAGGUCCAGUUCCCCGCCGUCAUGAAGAUCGACUAUGUGCGUGUGUAUCAGCGCGACGGCCAGCCGGAUCGCAUCUCGUGCGAUCCCCCAGACCACCCCACCGCAAAGUACAUCCAGGACCACCUCGACGUCUACAUGAACAACAACUAUACCGUCUUUCCGCAGGACAAGUACGGAUGGCCAAAGAGCAAGUACUUGGGCGAGUGCUAA